AACACAAGACUUUAUUGCGUCAAUAUAUGAUCUUUAUAUAAACUGUAUACACCAUUGACGUAUUGACUUUCUCAUAGCAGACACGAAAACUAACAUACCUUCACGUGCUGAUCUCUACUCCAUAAUUUCAUAUGGGCUUCCAUGAAAUUUCGAGGUGACCUCAAUGGUGGAAAUUUGUAACUCGACCUCCCUUCUUAUCUCUCUCUCUCUUUCACACAUUAAAUAGUUAGUUAGUGAAUGAGUCAGAAAUCACCCAUCUAUCUCCAACCAAUCUUCUUCUUUCAAACUUAAUCAUAGAGUAGCAGCCGCCGCCGCCGCCCUCCGCCCUCUCUCUCUCCCUCACUCGCCGGAGCUGCUCGGGACAUAAUGGAUCUGAGGCUGUAUGAGGAAUCAGUACGAGGCGACGUGCCUGCCUUUCUCGAUUUGAUUAAAAAUGAUGAGGACCUCAUCAAACAGACGACCUUUCAAACCUCAAACACCGUCUUACACAUUGCUGCGAAGUUUGGGAAACUUGAUUUGGCUUCCGAGAUCGUUAAACUACAGCCGGAGAUGGUGUCGGCAGUGAACAAGAAGAUGGAAACUCCAUUGCAUGAAGCGUGUAGAGAAGGGCAUGUGGAGUUGAUGAAGCUGUUGUUAGGAACUGACCUUCGAGUUGCUUACAAGCUUAACCACCAGAACGAGAGUGUUCUCUUUGUGGCCUGUGAUCGUGGCCAGUUUGAUGUAGUGAAGCUGCUGCUGGCUAACUACUCAUGGCUGCUGUUGUUGGAGGAUGAUAGACCCAGUACUUCUCUUCAUGCUGCCGCGUCCGCUGGCUAUUUUGAUAUUGUGAAGGAAAUACUGAAAAAACGUCCGGACUUGGCAUCCAGAAAGGACUGUCAUGGUUGUUCUCCAUUGCACCUGGCUUGUAGCAAAGGACACUUAGAUAUAACAAGGGAGCUUCUAAGGUUGGAUCCUGACCUCUCCUCCUUACAAGACAAUGACGGUAAGACACCUCUUCAUUCUGCUGCCAUCAAAGGAAGAGUCAAUAUUAUCGACGAGAUCCUCUCCACCACCCUUGACUCCGCCGAGAUGGUUACCCAACAAGGUGAGACGGUUCUACAUCUUGCUGUCAAGAACAACCAAUAUGAAGCUGUGAGGUACCUAAUCGAUACCCUUAACAUCACCAACCUCUUGAACAUGCCCGACAAAGACGGUAACACCAUCUUGCAUCUCGCCUCCGCCGGAAAGCUCACCACAAUGGUUACAUUGCUGGUCAACAAGACAAAUAUCGACGUCAACGCACUCAAUCGGAGAGGUUUCACAGCCCUAGAUGUUGUGGAGACAAGUGGCAGCAGCUCCGGUACUCUCCAGCUCAUACCCACAUUACUGGAUGCCGGCGGUAAGCGAUGCGAUCAGUUGCCCCCAGGAUCACCCAAAAUCCAACGACUCACCAUCCACAACAAUAACCCAGAACCAUCAAUAUUAAAUGAAAGACCACUAUCGCCACCGCCACCUUCACGGUCAACUACAUCCACGGCCAUAGGUUCUCCUGCCAAUCUCCACCGACAUAACCGACGGCGCCACCACAGUGACCGCCGAGAAAAGCAACGUAAACUCCACAUGGAAGGCUUGACAAAUGUACGGAACACCAUCGUAAUUGUAGCUGUUCUAAUAGCCACCGUGACAUUCGCCGCCGGCGUUAGUCCUCCCGGUGGUGUUCACCAAGACGGGAUAUUGAUCGGAAAAUCAGCUGUUGGAAGGAAAACUGCUUUCAAGGUCUUCAUGGUCUGCAACAACGUGGCAUUGUUCUCUUCACUGGGGAUAGUGAUCGUUCUGGUGAGUGUCAUUCCUUUCCAGCGAAAAAAGAUGAUGAAACUUGUGGCGGCCACACAUAAGGUGAUGUGGGUUUCAGUGUCGUUCAUGGCAACCGCCUAUAUAGCAGCUACGUGGGUGGUGACGCCAAGUGGAAAGGGAACGAAGUGGGUUCUAGUGGCUGUUUUGGCGAUUGGGGGAGGGUGUGUGAUGUCCAUCUUUAUUGGGCUUAUGGUUUUGUUGACAAAGCAUUGGCUGAGGAAGUUGGAAUGGAGGAGAAGGAAGAGAGACGGGAGGAAGAAGGAGAGUCCUAAUAGUAGUAUAAGUAGGGUAGAAGAAGAUCUGCCUUACUCCAGGAAGAAACGUAUCUCUGACUCUAGUAACUCUGAUUUGGAGAGCUCUGAGAAGGAAGGUUUGUACCCACUUUAAAAGUGUUCCAGCUCUUAAUCAUAUUUCCAUUAGCGUCUUAAUUGAUUCUGUUAUGAACUCGGCCGAGGACCAAGUGCAACUCCUUAAUGACUCGCUUUGGUUGAGAAUGUUUUCCCGAGCCAACUGUCUUAACUCUCGGCUUACCCCUUUCUGUUUGUUCUUCCCUAUCUUGGCAAGUAAAAUAAAGAGAUAUGCAAGCUGGUAAUUUGGUUCUUCGAGGGAACCAGCCUCCAAUA